GUGUUCCAAUAUCAUAAUAAACCAUAAAGAAAAUGACAUUUAUAUCUUUCUUUGAUUUAUAUGUACUACUUAAAAGAAAUAUAUAACUUGUGUUGUUUCUAUUUUCGGGCGUAUUCAGUUUAAAAACUUGUUCAGAGACAGUUUCGUAUGGCAAAUUGAACAUGAAAGGGGGCAAAAUGCCCUUCGUUAGUGCAUUUUGAUCAAAAAGGCAACAAAAAGAUCAAUUUUGCUCAUUUAACAGAUUGUUGAAAAAUAAAAAAUGUGCAUAAUUCUAAAAAUGUACUGCAAUUUAUUCAGAUUGGCUUUGUUCAGGAUUUAAUCCGGUCCAAACAAAUCCUUUCGGUUCUUCUGGUGUUUUUUUCUUCUUUUUUGUUUCGUCUUGGCUCGAUUUUUUCUCUUUCUGAGUUCCUUUAUUUUCUGAAUUUGAUUUUUCGUUUUGAACAGCUGCUGAUUUCUUUACUGUUUCUGGUCCGGAUUUUUUCUCUGGUUUAUCAUCUUUUUUCUCACCUUCUUUGCUUUUUCCGUCUUCUUUUUCACCGUCUCUGCCUUUAUCUUUUGAAUCACCGCCUUUACCAGAUUUCACUUUUUCACCAAGCAAUUUAUAAAUCGCCUCAAUGUCUUUCUCAAUUUGAUCAAUUCUACCUGACAUGGUUUUUGGUUUUGCACCAGAUUUGUUUCCACCCGUCAUGAAAGCUGGUAAUUCAUAUUUAGUAAAAUAAAAAGAUGCCAUUAUUGCAAAAAUUAUAAUUAGAAUGAGCGAUCGAUCGAACUUUGCCAUUUUUAUUUACAAACAAAUAAAUUUGAUAAAAAUAUGAAAAAAAUAACAUUCAAAUGAAAGUUUCAUUAUAAAAUUCGUAAUUUUAGAAACUCGGUAUUCCAGGAACACCUGACAUCAUACUAGACGAUUUUGGCUUGGAGCUUUUAUGAUCAGAACUAGCAGGUUUUACACCACCAUCUAUACCUAAUAUUUUCUUGAAAACUGCUAUUUGCUGCUCUGCUUUUGCCACUCUUGCAUCUAAAGGAGGUUUGACCGUUUUCUUCGGACCGCCUGUAAAGAAAUUCAGAAGUCCAAAAUAAUGUAAAUAACAACAGGCGGUAAUCGAUGCUAAUAGUACAAUGAAAACAGAUCGAUCGAACAGCUUUGCCAUUUGUUUUCAAAAUAUUUCCAAAAAAAACAAAUCGAUGAUUCAAAAAUAAUUUUUUUUCAUCAAAAAAAUCAAGGCGGAUUUUGGAAUUUUAGUCAACUUUAAAAUAUUUUAUUAAUAAAGAAAUAUUUUCUAAUCAAAUAUCAUAAUGAAAACAGAUUCUUUCAUUUUGAGAAACCUGAGCAAAAAGGAAGCCCUUCAAAAUGAGAUUUUUUCAAACGAAUAUAACAUCCACAACGUUAACAGAAGACGAUACAACCACGUCACAUGUUGUUAUUGACGCUUUAGACGAUGAAAAUUCAAAAUAUCAGUUGAUUGUAACCGAUUAUUUGCCAUACAUAUAUGUGGAAGUGAAAAAUACACCACUAGAAAUCGUUAAUUUCCUUGAGGCAAGGAAUGUCACAGUUGAAAAAUACACUCAAAGUGAAAAAAUGAACAUUUUUGGUUAUCAGGAAACAAAUUUGAAAUUAGUCAAGUGUUUUUUCAGUUCAGUUACUCAUUUGAAUUCUGCAAAAAAGGCUUUAGAAAACUCUUACACUGUUUAUAACAGAAAUAUCCCCUUUAUGGUCCAAUUUAUGGUGGAUCUCGGUUUAAAAGGAAUGACUUACAUAGAUGUAAAGAAGACGAGUGAUACAUUCGAGAAAAAACAAAAAGACACCAAGGCAGGCGUUAAUUUUUCUUCAGCUGCCUCAGAGACGGAUAAAGAAGAUUCUGAUGGUAAAAAUAGUGAAAUAUCAUCACCAUUGGCAGGAACACCGAUCGGUCUAAAGAAAUACAUCUCAUUCAAAAACAUUUCAACAGUUGAUGACAAAAGCUUGCCAUCAUUCAAGGUACUUUCCUUCGAUAUUGAAACGAAAAAUCGAGAAAACAAAUUUCCUGAUGCCGCAUUUGAUCCGAUAAUUCAAAUAGGUAACACGAUAAAAAUAGAAGAUACGAAAAUACAAAUUAUUUUUUGUGUCGGUGAAACAGCCUCAAUUGACAAUGCAGAAGUAAGAUGGUUUAAGACAGAAAAAGAAAUGUUACAGGCUUGGUUCAAAUAUAUUUUCAUUUUAGAUUACGAUAUAAUUAUAGGAUACAACAUCAAUUUUUCGAUUUUCCAUAUGUAAUGCAAAGAGCGAAACAGUUUGGGCUCGGUCUGUGUCUUUGUAGACAAUAUCUUGAAAGAACGAAAGAUGCAAAACUGUUCAAUAAAAUCAUUUCAGAGAUACAAACUGUUAAGCAAACAUCUCAAUUUUCUCUGAUGAGCCAAACAGCAAUUACAAUUACAAUUUCAGAAAUAGAGAAAAUACAUCAA